AUGGGAAAUCCUGCUUCGAGGCUUGGCUGCCUGGGGCAGAGGAGGAGCCACUCACACACCCACCCGAGGACCCACACCAGCUCCAGGACCCGAGGCGAUCUCUCUCCAGCCGCAGCUCCUCAGGGCCCACUUCCACCAGGGAUCCCCUGGGCCUGGUGGGGCUCCCGUGCUGUCCAGGUGACAGAGGUCACAGAGACAGUGGUGACAGAGACAGUGGUGACAGAGGCCGUGGAGAUGGGGCCCUGCAGGCAAAGACGGCAGCCGGCCCAGGCAACCCUAGCACCCCUGGACACGCUGUGCAGCUGGCUGGAUGGCAUGGAGGAACUGCAGGCCUCCCAGGGACCCCUGGCUGCAGAUGCUGCUUUGGCUGCUUCCCAGCUGCGGGAACAGGAGCUGCUCCUGCGCCUGCUGAAGGAACGUGCACCGCACAUGGAGCCAAGAUUACAAGAGGCCGGGAAUCCGGCAGAGCUGUGCACACAGUGGCACCGCCUGGUACGACAGGCAGAAACCAGGUGGAGACUCCUGGGGCAGCUCGUCCCAGCAGCACAGCGUUUUGAAACAGCCUGCAAAGCUCUGCUGGGGAAGCUGGGCCCGAGUGAACAGCUACUGGCUGGGCUGCAGCUAGGGCCCGAGUGCCCUGAGGAAUCUUUGCAGUGCUUCCAGGAGGUGUGCGAAGGGCUUGUGGUCUGUACCGAGGGUCUGGAAAGGGUUUUGGAGACUGGACAGAGGCUGGCAGAGCUCCUCACAAGUGACCAAGCUCAGCUGGUGAGACAGCAGCUGGAUCAGUUCCAGGAGCGUGUGAGGUUGACAGAGUCACAGGUCACCCAACAGAAGCUGCUGUGUGCUCAAAGGACAGUGUCCUCCAAGUCCUCACCACCAGCAGUCUUGGAGGCCCAGCUUGAACUGGAGGGGUCUGCUUCAGCACAUCCAGGGCUCAAGGAUCAGAAGCAGCUGAGUGUCCAGCUGGCCCAGCUAGCGGAGCGGCUUGAACAGCUGGCACAGUGGGCAGAAGCUUCUAGUCACACAGCAGCACCCGCGGUGACCAUUUGGGAUCAGAGCCCCUCCUCAGCUGUGCUUCAGGCCGACACGAAACCCCUGGAGGGGCACUGGUUAGAGACUCAAGAGCAAGACCCUGGGCUGAAGGCCAUAUGGAAGCCAGCUGUGCAGAUUUUGUGUGGCCUCACGGAGCAGGCAGCCAUUGAGGAGCUGAGGCCGGAGGGUGACUGGAACCCAGCCUUGCAGGAGUUCCUAUGGGGACAGCAAACCCUGGUGGUGUCAUGGCUAAGGAGGAGCGGAGAUGCUGCCUAUGGGAGCACCUGCCACUUGGGCCCGCUGAUGGACCUGCUGGGCUGCCGGGCUGCUGUGUCUAGCCCCUCCUGUGAGAGGAUACAUCCCCUGGGAGGGAUGCUGCUGCUUGUGGGCCACCUCAUUGAGAAGCUGGUCUCGUGCUCCCGUAGGCUGAGCCAGGCUGAACCCUUGGGGGCCAAGGUGGUACAAGCCCAGAGCUGGGUGCUAGAGGAACUGCCUGGGGCCCUGAGCCUGAAAUGCUGCUGGACUCAAGCCCCAAGGGAGGUACUGGCUCUGAGGAGUCUUGACCAGGGGCUGCCUGGGGAUCUGGGGAAUAGAGAUAAGGCUUGCCUCCUGGGGAAGAUUUCAGAAGAACAGAGCUGGAGGCCUUGGUGGGCAGACGUCAUCAUGGAGAACUGGAGUCAUAGGAAGCCAGAGCAUAGCAAGAGGAACCAGGAGAAAAGGGACCAGUGGGUACUGAUGGAACAGGGCCACCAGGAACAGGACCUUGUGGACAGUUUCCUGGCAGCUGGGCAGCGGGACAGGGAUGGACAAGGCUGGCCUGGCUGUACCUGGGGGAAAUGUGACCACAAGCGACCCACCGUGUUGGAGCCAGGGUUCCCCAAUGGCCAGAAACAGCCACACAGCAUGGUCGGAGCAAGGAACACGGAAGGGACAAGUAUACCAGGGGCCAGAGGCAGGCCCAAGGUCCAAGGAGCCUUGGCGGCAAGAGGAGCUUUGAUGGUUCGUGUUGGAGGUGGUUGGGCAGCUCUGGAUGAAUUUUUGGUCAAAAAUGACCCAGUCAGAGCCAAGGGGAGGACCAGCCAGAAGAUCCACGAAAGAUUCCUGUGCUGGACUCCUAGUGUGCCGGCCCCUGAAGUCAUCACCCUGAGGCUCUGGACCUCCAUCCGAAUGGGCUCUAGCAGACCCCUGUCUCAGAAGACAGGGCUGCCGAUUGGCAAAGAACACAGAGACCCCAGCUCCUACAAGGUCAAAACCUCGGAGCAGCCCACUGAGGAGAAACGAAGACUCCAAGAUCCCGCAGACAGGGACAAGAAACAGCGGCAGCACGCUAUCAGGGACUGAGCAGGAGCUGGGGCC